AGCUCUUCUUCGGUUGCUGCUGCUAGCUCUUCUACUGCUGCUGCUGCUGCCAGUUCUUCUGCUGCCGCUGCCAGCUCGUCGGCAGUUGCUCCCUCCUCUACUGCUGCUCCUGCCAGUUCAUCGGCCGCCCCCGCUACAUCGGCUGCCGCUACCACAUCUCCGGCUCAGCCUGGUCAGUCCUCUAUCGCAGUUCUCAGCCCCGACCCGGUGCCCUUCUCGAAGGCCCUUGAGAUCCAGCCCGGUGAAGCCGUUGUUGUCGAGAUCCCCAACACCAGUGGUAACGCGGAGAAGUUCGUUGUUCAGUCCAUGGGUUGCAGAGGUGUUCCCGCUGGAGAGUCGCCUUUCGAGAACACUGUCAACCCUCUCAAUGCCGCUACCGCACCUGCCUGCGCGGUUGCUUGCGCUUCCCAGUCCUUGGCGCUUACCACCGUCAUCAGAGGUACCUGCUUCUGCGGUUCUGUUCUCCGGACUUUGCCUCUCAUCCCGGCUGACCAGUGCGCCGCCGCCGCGAGCAGCCGUCGUCGCAGCUUCUUCAGACGCCAGGCUGGCACUGUUGAUCCCGCUACGAUUCUCAGCGUGACUCCUGCCAGCCAGGUUAACCUUGCUGCUGCCUCGACUACCUUGAGCUCAUCCUCCGUUCCUUCUGCCAUGGUGAACACUGACACGAACCUUCAGUUCGUCCCUACCAACACUGGAACCGCUGUUGCAAGCCAGAGCUCUACCUCUGGAGCCUCUUCCGGAACUUCCACUGUCUCUGGUUCGACUUCUGGAACGGUCUCUGCCUCCAACUCUGCCUCCAACUCUGCUUCCACCUCUGCGUCCAACGCUGGCUCCAGCUCUGUCACCAGCGCCGCCGCGGCCUCUGCGACUGACUUCAUCCUCGCCAUUGUCGGCGGAAGAGCCCCUACCAGCUCCAGCAGCUCCUCUUCUAGCACCGCCACCUCGUCUUCGAGCUCUUCCACUCGCAGCAGCAGCUCCUCUGGCAGCUCUUCCAGCACCGCCACCUCGUCUUCGAGCUCUUCCACUCGCAGCAGCAGCAGCAGCAGCACCUCGUCUGGCUCCAGCUCCAGUUCUUCUGGAACAACCACGUCUGCUAGCACCACGGUUACGACCAGCACCAGCUCUUCAAGCUCUUCUUCUAGCUCUUCUAGCGCUCCAUUCCUCAACACCACCAAUUCUAUCACCAUGAGGAAGCGUGGCCCAAUCAUGGCCCAGCUCAUGAACCGCCAGAGCGGCGCAACCACCUACGUCGGUACCACUGGACAGACCAACCCCACCAACUGCAACCAGGCUGCCGUCUUCAGAAUCGGCGUUUCUGGCACCAUCACCGUUGAUGGCAAUGCCCUCGGUGUCAACCCCGGUACUCCUUUCAUUGCUCUGCGCUCCGGCAGCACCGGAUCGAUCACCGCCACCUUCACCAACACCAACGGUGUUUUCGCAUGGAAGAAUGAUGCCUUCACUGGAGGUCAGGCUGGUUUCUGCCAGGACAACAGCGGUCAAGUUUACGCUACCUUCGGCACCACUGUCCCGCCUAACUGCACUCCGGUCACCUUGAGCGCCACUCCUCGUUCUUCCUGCACGGCAAGCGGUACUACUUCCAGCCUUCCCGCUUCCACCGCCGCUACUAACUCUGCGACCACCACUCCCGGCGGUGUUUCGGCCUCUUCUACCGUCAGCCCUGGAUCGACUCUUACCUCCAGCCCAACCACCACCCGCUCUGGCACGACUACCGCUCCUACCGGUGGCUCUACCUUUGUCAGCGGUGGCUCAACCUUCGUGACCGGCGGUUCAACUGGCGUCUCUGGUGGCUCUACCAUCGUCUCGGGCAGUUCCACGUUCGUUUCUGGCGGCUCUACCUUCGUCUCUGGAGGUUCUACCGUUGUCACUGGUGGAUCUACCAUUGUCAGCCCUACCACUGGUCCUGACGGCGGCGUGACGACCGACAGCACCGCCGCUGCAGCUACCUCCAGCGUUGCUCCCAACCCCGCCAGUGUUGACGGCUUCUCCCUUUUGGGAUGCUUCAGCUCUAGCAGCAGCUUCCCCACAUUCUUCCUGGCCCUGUCGGAUGCGUUGUUGACCCUCGAGAAGUGCACUGCUGCCUGCCCCGCCAGCUCCAGACUCGCUGCCUUGUUCGGUACCGACUGCUACUGUGGUGACAUCAUCGACAACACUCUCACCGUCCUCGUUCCCGAGAACCAGUGCAACACUGUCUGCCCUGGUAACCCUGCCCAGCGCUGCGGUGGACGCGCCUCUGCCGUCCGCCUGGCCCGUCGCCAGAUCCCCACUGAUGUCCGUCUUACCGUCUACGUCCGUCUCGACGUCUCCCCGCCCGUCGUCUCCACCGUCACCAGCGUCAGCAUCAGCACCGGCGCCGGUACUACCGUGCCUGUCACUGUUGUCAACACCGUCACCCAGCCUGGCACCACCAUCACUGGUGCGCCGGUUCCUACCAGCACUGGCCCCAACGUUGCCGGCACCCUCACGCUGCCUCCCGGUCUGUACACGGCUGGCGCUCCUUUGCCUGGCGGCGAGGUUUGCUACGUCGUCACCCGAUCCUGGUUCAUCGGACAGACGUCGCUGCUCCCUGCCCUGCCCAUGCCUACCGCCUGAGCGUGACUUUUCCAGCACCGAAUCACGAAGUCAUUAGCAUAAGAUACAUGUACGGUUCACAUAUAGACUAGGGAGUUCUCUCCCGCGGCUUAUGGGAUUUGUGUGAAAUUUUGUUCUAACUAGCAUGGGGAAAGGGAACAGUUACGACUUGUACGAACUGUAUCACUGGGUAAUAUUAGUAGGAGAUGUUUUGUAGUUUAUUUUAUCUUCUUUUGUCGUGAACUUGGUUUAAGAGAAUAGAUGAUUAGGACUCCAACGUUUGAUUCACGC